AUGGUGAAAUUGAAGCAGGUUACGAAACCCUCAUCUUCUGAUGAGCCAACGGUUUUUGGUGAGCUCUCGCAUCUAGAGGAUGAGUUACAGGCUCAUCAAGAUGCCACCAGUGCUUGUUUGGACUCGACGGAGGUCUUGUUGCAAGCUAAGCUGCAGGAAUCACUUAGUUCUUCGCUUGCUAACUUUCAGUUGAGCUUGUUGGCUGAACUAAAGCUGUUAGGCCGCGUGGUGUCAAGCUCCACAGAUGGCGCUUCUGCAUCAUCAGCUACACUGGCUAGAUCUGAUGGUAGUUCUCUUAAUCCUAUUCCUCCUCAAAAUUUUACUGCUAAUUUUGGGUUGAAUAUUCCUCAAAAUUUUAAUGCUAAUUUUGGGGUGAAUACUAUGGUAGGGAGAGCUAUCACUGAGUCUAGGGCAUUUUGUGAUUCGGUUCAUAACUCUGAGCAUGUUAAUGUGGGAGUGCAACAUGGUAAAAUAUCAUCUAAGAUUGGUACUAGUGAGAAUUACAUUGGACCUUUGCCAAAUAUUUUUGGUGGAGUGGCUUCACAGGUUGUUCAGCAACAGAAGGGAGGAUCUCAACAGAUUGGCAAUUCUGUUUUUCCUACCUUUAAUGUGCAAAAUAACAUGCAUAGGAGCUCUGUUGCAGCUGAUUUGCUGAUGAGGGAGUUUAGCUGUUACAAUAGGUCUGAGUAUCAAGCGGCCUUAGCACGUAUGAAUAAGACUGGUUUUGUCGAUAGCUAUAUGGAUGAGUUUACCAAGCUUUCUCGUAGAGCCCCAGAAUUCUCACAGGAGUUGUUAGUUUCAUUUUUCAUUGGAGGGCUGAAGAGUAAAAUAAGAUGGAGUGUGCAUGCAUUAAAACCUAAGUCAUUAUAUGAGGCUUGUGAGCUUGCUAGGCUUCCCAAGAGCCCCUACAAUCCUACAGUUCCUGCCAGUGCAAGCAGACAACAAAAUCCAGUUAAUGCCUCCCAAAAUGUGCAAGUUCGUACGUCUGAUGCUGAGUUUAAGGCUCGGAGAGUUCGCAAUCAGUGCUAUUUUUGUGACAAGGAGUACACAAAAGGUCACAAUUGCAUAAGAAAAGGGCAGUUAAUGAGUAUGGAAAUAGUACCAUCUGAAGGAGAAAUAUUGGAAGGAGGGGAAGAGGUGAUGAAUAUAGAAGUACCCCCAGUCGCUCCAGUAGCUCCUAUUGACUUAGAUGAGCUUUUAAUCCGUCUACAAGUAAUGGGAGGAGGCAAUUCUGAUACAAUGCAAUUGAAAGGAGUGUUGAAAAAGAGAGUGGUGCAUAUGUUGAUCGACUUCGGAGCUACACAUAAUUUUAUCCAUCCACAGUUGCUAAAAGGGAGAGCAAAGGUUCAAACUAAGGGUGAGGCCACUGUACAAUUACAACUACAGGAUUAUACAUUCACUGAUGAUUUUUAUGUGCUUCCUGUAUCUGGAUGUGAGAUUGUGCUAGGAACUAAAUGGUCGAAGUCCCUAGGUGAUAUAUUGUGCAAUUUUGAGCAGAUGAAAAUGAAGUUUUCUGUGGGAGGUAGUGAAAUUCAGCUGCAGGGAAUAACAUCAGCACAAGAGUCUAUGAUAAGCUGUAAAGCAAUGACUAGAUUGCUUAGGAAGGAAAGAGAAGCCAUGCUGGUACAGGUACAAGCUAUCAGUGCUCAGAAGGAGGAAAUGGUUGUCAACACCAAAAUUAAAGUCUUACGUGAUAAGUAUGCAAGAUUGUUUGCAGCUCCAACAUCUUUGCCUCCACAAAGAGAGCAAGAUCACACUAUUGAGUUGUUUCCAAACACUCUACCAAUGAGUGUCAGGCCAUACAGGUAUCCACACUUUCAAAAGUGUGAAAUUGAGAAAAUAGUGCAGGAACAAAUUGAUAAUGGAGUAAUCAGACCUAGCAAGAGCCCUUACUCCUCACCAAUGUUAUUGGUGAAGAAAAAAGAUGGUACAUGGAGGAUGUGUGUGGAUUAUAAGUCACUCAAUUCAGUUACAGUCAAGCACAAGAAUCCAAUACCUGUUGUUGAUGAGUUAUUAGAUGAAGUCAGUGCCAAGAUUUUUACAAAACUGGAUUUGAGGUCAGGCUAUCAUCAAAUAAGGAUGCAUCCGAAGGAUAUACACAAGACUGCCUUCAGAACUCAUAGUGGUCAUUAUGAGUUUUUGGUUAUGUCAUUCGGUUUGACCAAUGCCCCUUCGACUUUUCAAUCAGUUAUGAAUGAUAUUCUGAGAAUAUAUUUGAGAAAAAUUGCAUUAGUCUUCUUUGAUGAUAUUCUGAUUUUCAGUGACAGCCUUGACUCUCACUUGGAACAUUUAGAACUGCUUUUCAAGAAAUUGCAGGAGCAUGAUCUAAAGGUGAAGAUGAGUAAAUGUAGUUUUGGGGUGCCCUCAGUUGAGUACUUGGGGCAUGUCAUUAGUGCAGAAGGAGUUUCUGUUGAUCCUGUAAAAAUUGAAUACAUCAAGGGGUGGAAGAAGCCUUCAACCCUGAAGGGAUUGAGAGGGUUUUUAGGUCUUGCUGGUUAUUAUAGAAAGUAUGUUAGAGUUAGACACUUUGCUAUUAUUGCUAAACCACUUACUGACAUGUUGAAGUUGGGAGGAUUUCAGUGGAUCAGUGCAUCAGAAAAGGCUUUUGAGGACCUCAAACAAGCUUUGAUGUCAACACCAGUAUUGGCCUUACCAGAUUUUAACAAGGAAUUUGUAAUCGAGUGUGAUGCAUCUGGUAUUGGUAUUGGAGCUAUUCUGUCUCAAGAAUGGCAUUUUUGA